AACCCCCCCCCCCCCCCCCCCCCCAACAUUUGCAUGAGCUCACUUCAUCGUAAAUAGAUGAUUUUGCUUCUGAACCUGCUAGUCACACUUUGAAGAGUGUUGAACUCAUUUUCUGAAGGUUGCCCUAGAUUUCCUUUGCGUGAGUUUUGUCGUCAGCAGCAGGUACUGCCGUAUUUUUCUGCUUCCACUGUUAAAUGUAGCAAGCUAACGACAAACUGAGGCAAAUAUUAAUACCAAGCUCCAUGCAAUAUUGAUGAAGAAAACACAGGGGAAGGGCACUAGGAAGGGCUUACAGCUCCACUUAUCAGAGAGAAAGAGAGAGAGAGAGAGCGAAAAAAGAUUUGCUUUGACUUUAAAUGGCACAUAACCUGCCAAGCCUCGCAAAGAGAUUUCAGCUCAGCCUCUUCUAUACAGAAAAAGAUGACACUAUUCAUCAAAGCAUGCUGGGCACUUCUUACUCACAGUGUUGGAGAGAAACUGCUCAGAUUUGAUACAAAGAAGAAGAGAUUAUUGUAGAACUGCAACCAGAGAGUGUUUUCACUUUAAAAAUACUCUAGAUGACUUUCCCAGUUGAUUAGAAAUUAAUUGUUUAGUAAAAAGAAAGGGAAUGUCAGUGACUAUCCCAGCUUUAUCAUCCAAAUCAAAAUUUGUUGUAUAAUCACAUUUCUAAAGCCAAAACCAGUUAUUAUGCGAUUUUGUUUAUACUGAAACAACUCUUAGUUAUUAGAGUACUUAACAUUACAUUUUGUGGGGAUUUCUAAUUGAUUAUUCAGCCAAAGGUGUUUUUUUGUUUGUGUGCAUGCUCCUAUCUGCAUGUGCAUGUCUCCUCUUGUGAUGUGUAAACACAAGAAAAGUGUGUUUACAGCACGCCAACCUUGAAAGAUCGCCUACAUUACCCUACAAGACAUCACUGCAUCAUUAUAACAUUGAGCUGACACAGUGGUGCCUUUACUAAUUAAUAGAUUUUUCCUGCCCCGAAGCUCCCUCAAAAACAAAAGUUCAAAACACCGCUUGUUUUGUGAAUGCAUAUUUUACGUUAUGUUAUCAUCCCCACCUGAAACCCAGUCAUCCUUGAUGAUACGUAUGGUUUAAGGCUUUUUCCUGUCAUGUCAUUGUCAUUCCAUUUCACAGGUCCCCCUGUAAACGUUACAUGCAAUAUUUUUAUCAACAGUUUCGGCUCUGUCACAGAGACAACUAUGGUGAGUUCCUCUGGUAUUUGGUUGAUUUUUGUCCUGUUCAAUGUGUCAAUAUGUUAUCUAUUCCUCAACCUGCAGGUCCACCAGUUAAUGUUACCUGCAACAUAUUUAUCAACAGCUUUGGUUCUAUAGCAGAAACUACAAUGGUGAGUUGAGUGUUGUAUUUGGACAUGUUUUAAAGCCCUGACCUCUCCUAUGGAGUUACGACUGAAUCAUCCUGUUUUUACUUAGCCUUGCUGACCUUUUUUAAAACAUCCUUCCAUGCCAUGUCUUCCUAUUCAUUAAAGAAGAUUUAGUUCUUUGCCAUCAAGAAGUUUAUUGGCGGGCUAUACAGUCAAAUAUUGGUUUCUGCUCCCAUGAGUCUGGUUUUACUAUUUCAUACAACAAAUCCCGACAAGUCACUUAAGCAGAGCCAAUAAUUGACAGUGGGGGGCUGGGGCUUUCAAACAAACUGAUGUGCAAUACAUGAGGUGUGAAGGCAUCCAGCUCCUGAAGGGUAAAAAUAUAAAACCUGCGGGGCUGCACUGAAACUAAUCAGGAUCAAAGAAUUCGUAAUGAGUGAUAAUAACUACUUAGAUCAUAAAUGGAAAAUGUUAAUUUGCGCAGGAGGUGGAACAUGUAAGAUUGCCAGGGAAUUACACAGUAUUAAGACAGGCAUGCAGAUAUUUGGAACCGCCAAUAUGCUGAUAAAAUGUCAAGCAACAUAAGGGCUUCUCAUCAUCAUGACAUAUCAAUUACAUUGAGCUUUGUGACACUCAGUCUACUGCUAACUGUGCUGUCAGAUGCCUCCUCUUCAGGCUCUGCAUCUGAUAAACACCUCAUUUAGCUUCUCUUGCAUAAUUUUGAAAAAGAAACGUUAUGGUGAGGUCGCUUGUGAAUGCAGCUUGCAACAAUACGUAGUCAUGAAAGUUGUCAUGAGUACACAUGUAUGAUAAAUUAAGAUUAAUUUUGAUGGUAUUGCUGAAUGAUAUAAUUUUUGCAAAAUGUGCAUUGGAACAAAUUUGUCACUCAUUUUCCUUUUAUUACUUUUCACGGAUUAUUACUGAUGUUACAGGAUUGGUUUCGAUCCUUCUGCUUUGCAAUAAAAGUUUUUAAAAAAGAUCAUCAAAACACACUGAAAGCACCAAAAACAUUCAUUACUGUCUGGUCUAAAGAUGCAUUUCAUUUAUUAUUUGUGUUUUAGAAAAGAUUACAGAGUGAACAUCUUCCUGCGGCAGAAGUGGAAUGACCCUCGGCUGGCGUACAGUAAAUACCCAGAUUCCUCCCUUGACCUGGACCCAUCUAUGCUGGACUCCAUAUGGAAGCCUGACCUCUUCUUCGCCAACGAGAAAGGAGCCAACUUCCAUGACGUCACCACAGACAACAAGCUGCUGAGGAUCUUCAAAGAUGGGACUGUCCUCUACAGCAUCAGGUUGACUCUCAUUCUAUCGUGCCCGAUGGAUCUGAAAAACUUUCCAAUGGAUGUCCAAACUUGUACGAUGCAACUGGAAAGUUUUGGAUACACCAUGAAUGACUUGGUGUUUGAGUGGCUGGAGAACGGUGCAGUACAGGUGUCGGAGGGACUCACCCUGCCUCAGUUUAUCAUGAGGGAUGAGAAAGAGUUGGGCUACUGUACCAAACACUACAACACUGGGAAAUUUACCUGUAUUGAAGUUAAAUUCCACCUGGAGCGCCAAAUGGGCUACUACCUGAUCCAGAUGUACAUUCCUUCUCUCCUCAUUGUCAUCCUCUCGUGGGUGUCUUUUUGGAUUAAUAUGGAUGCUGCUCCAGCCAGAGUGGCGCUGGGAAUCACCACUGUGCUUACCAUGACCACCCAAAGCUCUGGGUCCAGGGCUUCUCUUCCAAAGGUCUCCUAUGUGAAAGCCAUUGAUAUCUGGAUGGCUGUGUGUCUGCUCUUUGUAUUUGCUGCAUUGCUCGAAUAUGCUGGGGUUAAUUUUGUCUCCAGGCAACAGAAAGAGUUCCUUCGCCUGAGGCGAAGACAAAGGAGGAAUCACAAGGAUGAUGAUCUGCGUGAAGGCCGCUUUAAUUUUGCCGGCUACAACAUGAGCCAAUGUCUGCCAACAAAGGAUGGCUCAGCUGUUAAAAAUGCUGUUCCAGCUCCCAACCCUCAACAACCAGCCUCAAAGGACAUAGACACCAUGAGGAAAAAGUUUGUGGACAGAGCCAAGAGGAUCGACACGAUCUCACGGGCCGCCUUUCCUCUGGCUUUCCUCAUCUUCAAUGUCUUCUACUGGGUUACCUACAAGAUCAUCCGGCAUGAGGACAUCCAUAAAAAGUAAAGACUUUGCCGUCGGCUGAGAACAUAUUUUACAUUUCUCAGAUUGAGAAAUGCUUAGAAAGCACAGGGAGAUGAGAGGGUAAACUGUGCAUUGAGAGGCACCAUUGUGGUAAUGGUGGUGUUCUUUCAGGGAUAACGUACAAUAUUUAUGAAUCGUACAGUAAUGUUCAUGAUUUGAUAAUGUGAACAGUUGUUCAGACACAGAUGCUUUAUUUGUUCUUGUACUGCUGCAAAAUAUUUUCUGAAGAUUAUAGAGAAAAGGUCUUAGCUCAAGACUCACUAACAUGCUGGAGAAGAUGGACCAAAAUGAUUUUGAAUUGAUUCAGCCUUGAGGUCUACAACCAAGAAACAGAGGAACAUUCCAUGAAUCCGUAACUCUAAGGUAGCUCUGUCAAGCCCUCAAGAAGUUUUGCAAAUUUUCUUACCGAGGUAGCAUAGGACUGUUUUAUAAUGUACUUCUGUCAUAGAACUUCCACCCUAUUUAUACAAAACAUAGCUCUCACAUAGCAUUACAUAACUUUUGGGGCCAGGGACCUCUAAAAAACAUGUUUCAAGAAACCCUUAACAAUUGUAACACCAAAUUAGCUGAUGUGGGUCUUAGAAUCGCUGGAUGACGUUGAAUAACUCAGUUUCUUAAUGCUUGUCUGCUACUUAGAUGGCUAACAAGCCAAGCUAAACAGCACCCCGUCCAGACUUUUUUUUCCUUUUUUUGCACAGUUGUCACACUUACAUGUUUCAGAUCAAUUUUAUUAUUAGACAAAGACAAUAUGAAUAAAUACACAAUGUAUUUUUCAAAUGGUGAUUUCAUUUAUUAAGGAAAAAUAGUUACUCAAAACUUUGCGAUUAUAGCCAAAACCUGAUGACUUGUUGUUCCAGCCUUGGCAGUAAGAACUGCAGUCAAGAGUUUGAGAUAAUUAUUUGAGCCGUUCAGAUUUUAGACAUGCUGGUGUGUUUCAAAUCAUUGUUCUGCUGCAUAACCUGCUGAAAAUGAUGGCUGGACAUUCUCCUUUAGGAAUUUCUGGUACAGUGCAAAUUUCAUGGUUCCAUUAAUUACAAUGACUCGUCCAGAUCCUAAAACAGCAAAGGAGCCUCAGACCAUGAUACUACCACCACCAUGCUUGACUGUUGGGAUAAUGUUCUUUUUAUGAAAUGCUGUGUUAGUUUUAUGUCAAUAUGUAACACAACAAAAAAACCCUUCAAUGAGUCAAUAACUUGGUUUCUCAUCUGUUUCUUUACAUUGUGGCAUGAAUGUCACAAUGUAAAGAACUUCACCUGGUCAGGCGAAGUUGACUGGUUUAUGGGAUUUAUUGAUUCUGCAGGUCUCACAGUAAUCAGGCCUGAGUGUAGCCAACUAAACUGAACUUAAGUCAUUACAUCUCUUAUAUUAGUCCAUGUUUUAUCCUUUGAAUCCCCUCUUGCAUUUACCAUUAAAUUGGGAAAGGAGACACAACAGUGUCAGAAUGAGGCUCUCUGUGUUGUUUAACAAGGGGGACAAUUACUUUUUCACACGGGGACAAGUACGUUUGGUGAGCUUUUUUUCCCUUAACAAAUGAAACAAUUAUUUAAAAAUAAAAUUUUGUAUUUGCUCAGGUUAUUUUUUUCUAAUACUAACAUUUAUUUGAUGAUCUGAAAUAUUCAAGCGUGACAAAUAUGCAAAUAAAGAAAUAAAUAAGGAGUAAGAAAUCAGAAAGGGGACUUUUUCACCGCACUGUAAGUGGUUUCACAUAAGAUUGAUAUCAUCUGUCAUAAUCAUGCCAGAGUUUCUACUGACCCAAAUAUAACACGGGGUGCACCCAAUUUAGUGCUGCAAAUGAUUCCAAUCCCUUUUAAAUGAUAGAAAACAAUCUAUCUGUCUUUAGCUCAUAAUUUCGCCCUUGUGGAUCCCCUGGCUUUACUUUGAGAACCACUGUUUCGAACUAUACGAGCAGAGCACUAAACUAAGCAGCAGUAAAUGUCUCAGGCAUGGGUAUGAAUAAGUCAGAUGAAAAUCUGGAAUCAGGAAUUGGGUUCUGCAUUUUUACUAAAUCCUGAGGCCUUAGAUGUCAACGAUUUGGUCGGAUAAAGUGCUACGCUUCUCUGUUUUCCCCUUUUGGGUUGGUCUAUCACAGCUGAACGCAGCCUUUGAGCUUUUCUACCGGUGGCCAGACAUCCAAAGGUACUUAAAAAUGUUUCCUUUUUCUCUAAGUGAAUUAUAAAUAUUCGGAAAUGAUGUCACCUUUUUGUUGAUGUCUUUAACUUUGCUUUUCAUUCUUGUGCAGUUUAUUUAGCAAAAUAUCAUAUAUCUCACAUGAAAAAGGUAUAAUGGCUUAUUUUGAGGGGGUGUAUAGGUAAGCCCACAAACUGUGAACAUGCACUAUGUUGCUUAAUGUUAUCACACGGCCGUAUUCACGUGAAUUAUUUUAAAUUCCAGGGUUAAUACCCCCAGGUAUGUAAGGUAUAGUUCUAGAAUUUGAGCUAUGUUUUUGUAGAUUUAGUCAAAUAAAAUAUUUAUUGUAAUGGGAAAAGGUUAUGUUUGUUAUAAAAUAAUAUCUUUCUGUAUUCUUCCGCUGUGGACUGUUUCCCUUCACUUGUUUGUUGCUGGCUGAUGAUAUUUGUUUGUAGAUGGACUGAAAAGUGAAGGACAGAUCUGCAUAACAGUAAUGGUACAAAGCAGCUAAUGACCCUUGCACUCCUUAUAUACUGUGGUGACAAACUCUUUUCUUGAAUGCUAUUCAUGAAAAAAGGUUAUUUAUUGGUCUGUACAUCAAUAAAAUUGACUGUGCACCAUAUUUACUUUA